CAAUCCAAAAUAUUGGCAAAAACAAUUCCGCACGCAUUUGUUUUUGCUCGUCGCGUAUAGUUUGGGUGCAUUAGCUACGCAAAAAAAAAGGUCAUUAUUUUUCGUCUAAAACAUAUCCCUCCUCCACCCAUACAGCCGUUGCACUACCACCGCCCGCAGCAACCCCUCACCAUGCAGAAGUACGAAAAGCUCGAGAAAAUCGGCGAAGGUACGUACGGUACCGUGUUCAAGGGUAAGAACCGGGACACGCUCGAAAUCGUCGCUCUGAAGCGGGUCCGGCUUGACGAGGACGACGAGGGUGUGCCGAGCUCGGCGCUGCGCGAAAUCUGUCUGCUGAAGGAGCUGAAGCACAAAAACAUCGUCCGGCUGUACGACGUGCUGCACUCGGACAAGAAGCUAACGCUCGUGUUCGAGCACUGCGACCAGGAUCUGAAGAAGUACUUCGACAGCCUGAACGGCGAGAUCGACCCGGACGUGGUGAAAAGCUUCAUGUACCAGCUGCUGCGCGGGCUCGCCUUCUGCCACAGCCACAACGUGCUGCACCGGGAUCUGAAGCCGCAGAACCUGCUGAUCAACAAGAACGGCGAGCUGAAGCUGGCCGACUUUGGGCUGGCCCGCGCGUUCGGCAUACCGGUCAAGUGCUACUCGGCGGAGGUGGUGACGCUGUGGUACCGGCCGCCGGAUGUACUCUUCGGUGCCAAACUGUACACGACCAGCAUCGACAUGUGGUCGGCCGGGUGCAUCUUUGCGGAGCUGGCGAACGCGGGCCGGCCCCUCUUUCCCGGCUCCGAUGUCGACGAUCAGCUGAAGCGAAUAUUCAAGCUGCUCGGUACGCCGGAGGAGGAGAACUGGCCCGGCAUUACGCAGCUGUCCGAUUACAAACCCUUCCCAUUGUACCCACCGACAACGUCCUGGAGCCAGGUGGUGCCGCGUCUCAACUCGAAAGGGCGCGAUCUGCUGCAGAAGCUGCUCGUCUGCCGUCCACUGCUGAGACUCAGCGCCGAACAGGCCAUGUCCCAUCCGUACUUUACCGAAAACUGAAAGCGGUUCUAGCAGUUACGGGCGCUACUGUCGACCAAAGUAUCCCCCGGAACAACACCUUCACCGACGGAGCAGCUGAUGUGCGAGGAUGUGGGCAGCAGGCGGCCGCCAGUGCCAGUGGACGGUGGUACGAUUCCUUCCCCUGCCUGCCAGCCGGGUGACGUGCAUUCCUUCUCCCCGUCGUCUACGCCCCUGCUGGAAACAAUCAACGAAUGAAACUCGUGUGGCCUGCUCCUCCUUCGUUGCGUGCGGCGUGCGAAACAAAACCAGCUCCACUUCCUUUUCACACUACUCGUAACGGGUCAAUCUCGGUGUGUUACCUCUUCCCUCUUUUUACAACAAUGCUGCUAGGUGUGGUGGGGGUUUGAUGGUGCAGGAGGAGAGGUUUUAAAACGUCCAACCGUGUGCUAGAGCAAGCGAAUUCGUCGCACCCCUUUAUCUUAACGAUAUUUUACGAUAUUCCGAACAAUUGUGAUGAGAAACCUCGAUUUCGGACUGAUUUGUGCUAGAGCUAGUGUGUGAUAAGUUUUUUUUUUCGAUUUCGCUUACCUUUUUUCCGUUAAUUUUCCGCUGUGCUUCGUUGUGUUUUAUGUUAGUGUGCGAGUACGAGAAUUCGUGUAACAUGAGCAAAGACGAGAAACCAAAAGGAAGUAAAGAAUGAAAAAAUAAAACCUCUUUUUUGCUCAGAUCUACUGCUAGAAGUUGACGUAACACCGAGUACAGCAAUCCAAA